CCAUUAUCAUAGAAGUCUAUACAACACUGAAAACUUUUACCCGGACACUUGCAUUUUGUUCAUUCACCAACGACCUCGUAUAUCACCGGAGAGAGAGAGGAAGAUGAAGAAGUAGAAGAAGAGGAGGAGGAGGAGGAGGUGAAGAAGAAGAAGAAGAAGAGAUACUGAGAGGUGGUUGGCUUCGACUCAUUCAGAGCUUGGGGAAGAUCUGUUUGUACUGCUCAUUCACUUUCGUGAGCUUCUUCUUGCUCUAUUUAUGUAGCUGCGACUUUCACAAGAAAAAAGAUUGAAAUACUCCCGACCCAAUUCAUUACAGCUCGAAAAAGAGAUCAACUUUAAAAGGGGUUUCGUUGUUUGCCAUGGAGAAGAGAAAUGGGGUUUAAUUUUGAGAUAUGGGAUGUAUAAUAAGCCGAGAGGUUGCUUCCAGGAACUUAGCAGAUUCUGAGGAGAAGAAGGAGAAGAGUUCUGAAUGUGGUGAAGAUUUGGAAAGAAAAGAAGCCGAUGUGGCUGUUGUUGAGGUUGCUCAGGAGGAAGGGCAUGGCCAUGGGGGUCAGCCCUUGACAAAAGAGCAGAGAAGAAAGUUGAAAUCUAACCCCAGGUUGAGUAAUUUGCCAAAGCAAUCUCAGGCGGAGCAGGUGGCUGCUGGAUGGCCUUCCUGGCUCACAGCAGUCUGUGGGGAGGCACUCAAUGGUUGGAUUCCGAGGAAGGCUGAUACAUUUGAGAAGAUUGAUAAGAUUGGACAAGGAACAUACAGUAAUGUGUACAAAGCAAAAGAUAUACUAACUGGUAAAGUUGUUGCAUUGAAGAAGGUUCGUUUUGAUAAUGUAGAGCCAGAAAGUGUAAGGUUUAUGGCCAGAGAGAUUCUCAUUUUGCGACGCCUAGAUCAUCCUAAUGUUGUAAAAUUAGAGGGUUUGGUUACAUCAAGGAUGUCAUGUAGUUUGUACCUUGUGUUUGAGUACAUGGAGCAUGAUUUAGCUGGACUUGCUGCAAAUCCAUCCAUCAAAUUUACAGAGGCUCAGGUUAAGUGUUUCAUGCAACAACUUCUAUCAGGACUCGAGCAUUGUCAUAGCCACAGGGUGCUUCAUCGCGAUAUUAAGGGUUCAAAUCUUCUUAUUGAUGGUGAAGGGUUGCUUAAGAUUGCUGACUUUGGACUAGCUACGUUCUUUGAUCCAAAACAGAAGCACCCAUUGACUAAUCGUGUUGUAACCUUAUGGUAUCGAUCCCCCGAGCUUCUACUCGGUGCGACUCACUAUGGUGUAGGCAUUGACCUUUGGAGUGCAGGUUGUAUUUUAGCAGAAUUAUUAUCUGGAAGGGCCAUAAUGCCUGGCCGUACAGAGGUUGAGCAACUACAUAAGAUAUUCAAGCUGUGUGGCUCAGCUUCAGAUGAAUAUUUAAAGAGAGCAAAGUUGCCAAAUGCAGCCUUAUUUAGACCCCGAGAACCAUAUAAGAGAUGUAUAAAAGAGACAUUUAAGGAUUUCCCACCAUCGUCAUUUCCCCUUAUAGAAACACUUCUUGCAAUUGAUCCAGCUGAGAGAAUGACAGCUACAGAUGCAUUAAAGAGCGAGUUUUUCACUACAGAACCUUAUGCUUGUGAACCUUCUAGCCUCCCCAAAUAUCCACCUAGUAAGGAGAUGGAUGCCAAACGACGAGAUGAUGAAGCACGAAGACAAAGAGCAGCAAGCAAAUUGCAGAAUGAUCGUGUGAAGAAGACACGCGCCCGUAACCGUGCUGGUAGGGCCAUACCUAUUCAAGGAGCCAACGCAGAACUUCAAGCAAAUAUUGAUAGACGGCGUCUAAUUACUCAUGCAAAUGCAAAGAGCAAGAGCGAAAAGUUCCCCCCUCCACAUCAGGAUGGGGCACUCGGAUUCACAUUAGGAUAUUCACGUCAUAUUGAUCCAGCUGUUGUUCCUUCUGAUGUUCCUUUUAGCUCCACAUCGUUUGGCUAUCCAAACGAACUAGACCAAGCCUGGUCGGGUCCAUUGGUUCAAUCUUCUGACAUCGGUGCUCAAAGGCAGAAACAUUUGGGAGGUGAUGCAAGAGAACAGCAAUCUUCAGUUAAAGGAAAAAAGGCAGCAUGAACAUACGUCACGUAAGUUCAUGAAUCGUGCAGCAGAACCGGUCGACUGCAUAUAUACUUAAAAGCUCCACAGAUCCCGAGUACAUAGAUCAUGCCUGGUCUGUGUCUUGCAUCAGGAACAUACCUUUGAUCAGAAACGGGGCAUCCCAAUGCCUCCUUUUCUUCCAUAGACCCCCCGCCGUUUCUUUCCUCCAUCAGAAACUGCAAGAUCUUCCCAUUCGCUCAUUCGUUGUUCGUUUGCAGAGUGUUUUUGCACGAAAGUACAUAAAUAAUAUAAAAAAAAUGCUUCUUGACGAUGGUGCUGCCAUUCUUUGCCCAAAUAUAAGGUAGAUCAUUGCAUAAGGUGCCCAAAACCAACCAUCUUUGUGUAAAGAGCUCUCUCUGAUACUACCACUUUUGUUAGAUAAUGUUUCAACCGACCACUUUCUUGAGAAAUUUAUAAAAUACUCUUUCUGAAUAAAGAAAAUUUAAGAAAGUGAUCUUAUUACAACUUUUGAGAACCUUGUAUGCUAUUCAAUUAAUCUUUUCAUUGUUAUUGUUCAUGUUGUGCAGUGAAUGAUAA